GCGCCGCCUCGCGCCGCCUCGCGCCCGGCUCUCGACCCCCGCCCGCCAUGGGCCCUCGGUACGGCGGCGCCCCCGCGCUCCUGCUCCCGCUGCUGCUGCUGCUGCAGGUCUCAUCGGGGCUCUGCCAAGAGCCGGAGCCCUGCCGCCCUGGCUUUGGCGCUGACAGCUACACGUUCACCGUGCCCCGGCGACACUUGGAGAGAGGCCGUGUCCUGGGCAGGGUGAGUUUUGAAGGAUGCACCGGUCUACCUAGGACAGCCUAUGUUUCUGAUGACACCCGAUUCAAAGUGGGCACAGAUGGUGUGAUUACAGUCAAGCGGCCUCUACAACUUCAUAAACCAGAGAUAAGUUUUCUUGUCCAUGCCUGGGACUCCAGCCGCAGGAAGCUCUCCACCAGAGUUAGGCUGAAGGCAGCGACGCACCACCACCACCACCAUCAUGAUGCUCCCUCUAAAACCCAGACAGAGGUGCUCACAUUUCCCAGUUCCCAGCAUGGACUCAGAAGACAGAAGAGAGACUGGGUUAUCCCUCCUAUCAGCUGCCCGGAAAACGAGAAAGGCCCAUUUCCUAAAAACCUGGUUCAGAUCAAGUCUAACAGGGACAAAGAAAUCAAGGUUUUCUACAGCAUCACUGGCCAAGGAGCUGACGCACCUCCUGUUGGUGUGUUUAUUAUUGAAAGAGAAACAGGAUGGCUGAAGGUGACUGAGCCUCUGGAUAGAGAACAAAUUGCUAAGUACAUUCUCUACUCUCAUGCCGUAUCUUCUAAUGGGAAUGCGGUUGAAGACCCAAUGGAGAUCGUGAUCACGGUGACAGAUCAGAAUGACAACAAGCCCGAGUUCACCCAGGCAGUCUUCCAAGGAUCUGUCACGGAAGGUGCCCUUCCAGGCACCUCUGUGAUGCAGGUGACAGCCACAGAUGCGGAUGAUGAUGUGAAUACCUACAACGCUGCCAUCGCUUACAGCAUCCUCACACAAGACCCCCUCCUGCCUAGCAGCAUGAUGUUCACUAUCAACAAGGACACAGGAGUCAUCAGCGUGCUCACCACUGGGCUGGACCGAGAGGGUGUCCCCAUGUACACCUUGGUGGUUCAGGCUGCUGACCUGCAAGGCGAAGGCUUAACUACAACUGCAACAGCUGUGAUCACAGUCACUGACAUCAAUGAUAACCCCCCCAUCUUCAACCCAACCACGUACCAGGGACGGGUGCCUGAGAACAAGGCUAACGUCGAAAUCGCUGUACUCAAAGUGACGGAUGCUGAUGUCCCCGAUACCCCGGCCUGGAGGGCUGUGUACACCAUAUUGAACAAUAACAAUGAUCAAUUUGUUGUCACCACAGACCCAGUAACUAACGACGGCAUUUUGAAAACAACUAAGGGCUUGGAUUUUGAGGACAAGCAGCAGUAUGUCUUGUACGUGACUGUGGUGAACGUGACCCCGUUUGAGGUCAUCCUCUCCACCUCCACAGCCACUGUCACUGUGGACGUGGAAGAUGUGAAUGAAGCCCCCAUCUUCAUCCCUUGCCCAAAGGUAGUGUCAAUCCCUGAAGACUUUGGUGUGGGCCAGGAAAUCACAUCCUACACCGCCGAGGAUCCAGAUACAUAUAUGGAACAGAGGAUAACGUAUCGGAUUUGGAGGGAUGCUGCCGGUUGGCUGGAGGUUAAUCCAGAAUCUGGUGCCAUUUUCACUCGGGCUGAGCUGGACAGAGAGGAUUUUGAGCACGUGAAGAAUAGCACGUAUGAAGCCCUCAUUAUAGCCAUUGACAACGGUUCUCCAGUUGCUACUGGAACGGGAACUCUUCUACUGGUCCUCUCUGAUGUGAAUGACAAUGGCCCCAUUCCAGAACCUCGAAAUAUGGACUUCUGCCAGAAAAACCCACAGCCUCAUGUCAUCAACAUCAUUGAUCCAGAUCUUCCCCCCAACACAUCUCCCUUCACAGCAGAACUAACACACGGCGCAAGUGUCAACUGGACCAUCGAGUACAAUGACCCAGCUCGUGAAUCUCUAAUUUUGAAGCCAAAGAAAACUUUAGAGUUGGGUGACUACAAAAUAAAUCUCAAGCUCACAGAUAACCAGAACAAGGACCAGGUGACCACCCUAGAUGUGUUUGUGUGCGACUGCGAAGGUGUCGUCAACAGCUGCAAGAGGACGGCGCCUUACGCCGAAGCAGGCUUGCAGGUUCCUGCCAUCUUGGGCAUUCUCGGAGGAAUCCUCGCUCUACUAAUCCUGAUUCUGCUGCUUCUGCUAUUUGUUCGGAGGAGAAGGGUGGUCAAAGAGCCCUUACUUCCCCCAGAAGAUGACACCCGGGACAAUGUUUAUUACUAUGAUGAAGAAGGAGGUGGAGAGGAGGAUCAGGACUUUGACUUGAGCCAGUUGCACAGGGGCCUGGAUGCUCGGCCUGAAGUGACUCGCAAUGAUGUGGCCCCAACCCUCCUGAGUGUGCCCCAGUAUCGGCCCCGCCCUGCCAAUCCUGAUGAAAUUGGAAACUUUAUUGAUGAAAACCUGAAGGCAGCGGACACUGACCCUACUGCUCCUCCUUAUGACUCUCUGCUCGUGUUUGACUAUGAAGGAAGCGGUUCUGAAGCUGCUAGUCUGAGCUCCUUGAACUCCUCAGAGUCAGACCAAGACCAGGACUAUGACUACCUGAAUGAAUGGGGCAAUCGCUUCAAGAAGCUGGCGGACAUGUAUGGAGGUGGCGAGGACGACUAGGGGACUUGAGACAAAUGAAGAUGAGUCCUUAUACCAUGUGGUAGAAAAUGCGGAGGUGACUGUUUUCAGCUCCCUUCAUCUGAGAGGAAUUUCUGGAGAAGAGAAAAUGCACAGUGAUAUAUAGUUAGGAUAGUUAGGAUUUCUACUUUAUAGAUCUAAUCUGUGUGUUUGUUAGAACGAUUUUGACCUAUUCUUUGAAGCUUUUUUUUCUUUCUUUCAUCAUUCUUUAAAUGGUGAUGCUGUCCAAAAGACCCCCCACAUGUUUAUAUUUCAAAAGAAUAGCUAAAGCCUCCAGAAGGUUCUGCUAGCAAUUUGCAGAUUGCCUUAUUGACUUGUCUCAUUUUUUUAAAGGAAGGUAGGGCUAAACUACCCUAUUGUGUUUGUGUGUGUGUGUGUGUAUGUGUAAUUAUUUUUAAUUUGUGUUCUUUUUUCUCCUAUCACUGCACUGGUGUCCCGUGUUCUAAUAACCACUCUUAACUCCUUCUGAACUUACAUUGCCUCAGACAGGAGUUCUCUGCUGCAGAAAUUAUUGGGCCCUUUCAGGAUAAGAGACUUGGUCUUAGUUUGAUGGUAGUGUGACUGGGUAUUAUGGACUCGUAAGGACUUUAGUGGUUCUCCUUUUUUAUUUCCUAAGUACAUAAAUUGAAAUUCAUAUCCAUCCACUGACUUGUUCUGCAUUAAGUGUGUUUGUCAUGUGGACGUCAUUAUUGGGCUACUUUGGUUCUGAACAAGGAGCAUUGACCAGAAAAGGUGGUGAAUUUUCAGGUGCCACUCAACUUCUAAUGUUCACUUAUCACUCAAACAGAAGAGUGAUCUAUUCUGACGUUUAGCGUAGUGCCUGCAGUGCUGCAGCCAAAGAUUGAAGGCGGAUUGUCAAAGCCAAGGGCAACAUGAAAAAUGGACUUGGAGGUGGCAGGCGGGAUGGGUCAUUGAGCCUGGCGUUUUAGCAAACUGAUGCUGAGGAUAACUGAGGUGGCUCUACCUCUAGUCCUGAAAAUUCUGAAGAAUGGAAGAAUCCCGACAAGUGUGUCCUAUCGCGAUCCUUAGGUCACAGUUUGUACCUGAGGCCAAGAAUCCCCAGGUGCCUGCUUUUGUUAAUGUCUACCGAAAAUGCAGCCUGAUCUGGACUCAGGUGCCCCAAUUCUAAGUGUGCAUAGAAAACUGACAAUAUUAGGAAAUUCUUUUUCCCCCCUUAGGAGCAGGAAGAAAAUAUGACCCUAAAGGGUUUUGGCAAAGGGAAGGUGGGGAGAGCUUUGACUUGGAUUUUUUUUAAAUUGAAAUGUGAACUUCAAGGAACUUUUGACAACCAUGGGAAAUAAUUUUAUCUUAAAUUGCUUUACUGUCUGUCAGCUGUUUUUCAAAGAAAAAAAAAAUCAUCCCUGCAAUCACUUCUUGGAAUUGUCUUGAUUUUUCAGCAAUUUAAACUCUAAUUUAGUCCUGUAUAGAGAAUGUUAAUGUAGUUUUGAGUGUAUAUGUGUGUGGGUACGGAUAAUUUUGUAUUUUCUUUAGGUCUGGAAAAGGAAAACAAUUUAAGCUGCGAAAAUUCUUAAAUAUUCAUUUUUAUAAAUUUUAUUAAAGAAUUUUGUUAAACCAUUGUCAAA